AUGGCCCCGCUGGAGUGGUGGAGGGAGGAGGGUACGCUGCAGAAGCUGCUGGAGGAUUGGGGCAGCAAACUUCGGGCAGCUGAAGAUGAAGAGAUCGAAUAUUUUUUGAAGAGACAGGAGAAGCUCAAAGAGGAGAGUAGCCAUGAUGGCCAUGAUGGAAAUGGUGGCCAUGGUGAUAACCAUGAAGUGACUGGGAAGAUGGACCCGCAGAUUGGGAAGGAGAAGACGGAGACGAAUGAGGAGACGGCGGCGCGUGAGGGCAAAGACGGCCAACUGCAGUCCGAACAGGCACAACAGGUCCAAAAAGAUUCUCACAAACUAGAUGCAAACGAAGCAGAGAGCAAGGACGAGGAACAAGAAACAAGACGAGAGGUAAUGGAGGAGAAAAACUCAGAGCAGGUAGAAAAGAAAGAGGGGAAGGAAGCUGAGAAGCCACAGCCAGGAGCAGACGGGGCAUCAACCCCUGUGCCCCCACCUGUCGAAGAAGCAAAGCAGCAGUCAAAGCCUGAGGCUUUGUCUGAGACUGAGGAGGCCAGCGCAUCCACUCCUUCUGGCAUUUCAGCUGCUCCAAUCGUGCAGUCUGCGACGUCUGAAGAACAGUUGAAGACAACUACAGCAGCAGAGCCAGCAGAGGGAGACAAAGCCAAGCCCGACGAAAAGCCUCCAGAAAAGGAAAAGGAAGGAGAGCACAAGCCUCCCUUGGAUCCUGAAGCUGUGCGCGCCGCAGCGCAGAAAGCCGCAGAUGUUUUGAGUCAACUGCUGCAGAAGCCCCUAGAGUACGAAGUCCAGGAGGCUUUGCCUACCUACUCUGAGCCUGAUCCUUCGUCAAAAGAGAUUCGCACCCUUGCUCGAGGGCAGCGCUUGUUUGGCUAUCCCGGAGGAGGUUGGCUACGGCUUCAGCCACAGGCUGGUAUGAGUGGCUGGGCCCAUAUUGGUCGCAGCUUGGCCCUCACAUGCCUCUUGCCAACGAUUCGUGCCAGAUACCUUGAAGCCAUCGAUGUUGCUUGGCCAGGUUUUGGUGGUCUGCUGAAGCCUGGCGUGAAGGUGGUCUACAUUGUCGAGUGGAGAUGCCGGAAGAGUGGAGCUUCUGGACAUGCUGUGUGCCACAAAGCCCAUGAGGUGGUGUCCAACAUGCCACCGGGGAAGCCCUUGGAACUCCACGUGGCUGUACGCCUUCGUGCACCCUUGACACCCGGCGUGGAUGCGGCAGCCGAAGUGCGCUUCGCAGGGCCUUGGGUCGAAGCACAGACCUUGAACCCCAUGGAGGGUGAAGAUGAUGAGGACGCAGAGGCUUCACUAGAUCCCUUUGGUACUGCUCGUGCUGGGUGCCUAGAUUGUGCUUGCUAUGGCUUCUUCUGGAGACCGGGGCUGGAGGAGAAGGCAGAGUCAGAUCAAGAACCGGACCGAGUUGGGUUGAAUGCUGAUCCUGAUACGAUCAAAUGCAUUCGAUGUGGAGACCCCUUCGCCACCCAUACCAGGGCAGGCACGCCGGCGGCUGAGAAGUUGUUGGACAGUCGUCAAGCCAGGAAGUUCCUCGUGGCACAUACACGUGUCUUUGUGCGAAGCAAGCGUAGCGUUUCAGGAGACGCCAUCGGUGCAGUGAGGCAAGGCACGGAGAUCUCCGGGUGCUGCGAGGGGCGUUGGCUGCAUUUGACCAGGGAGUGCGCACAGGCGGUGAAUGUCAUGCCAAAAGCAAGCAUGAAUUCACACUCGAGAUACGUUGAUGCCUGGGUACUCAUGGAUGGCAGUCGCAUGGGCAUUGCCUCUGACCUGCUUGUGCCAGAGGAGCUUGCACCGGCUGAACUUCGAGAGCGUGCUCAACAGGAGGCUGAAGAACGGCAGAAGAAACGCGAGGCAGCUAAACGCACUCAAGAGAAGAAGGCCGUUGCCAAAGCAAAGGGCAAGGAGGUCAAGGAAACUGUUCCAGAUAGUGAGGAUGAGCCUGAUGCAGUGCGACUCCGCGAGCCCCUGCAAGGAUUAAUGGAGGUGUUGUACACCAAACCUGUGGACUAUUUGAUCUUAAAGUCUCAACUCCCUAUCCAUCGGCGACCUUCCACCAGCUCCCGCACUUUGGGUCAUUUGAAGCGUGGGCAGAUCAUCAGUGGAUGGCCACAGGAAUCAUGGCAUCUCUUAGCUGAAAAUGCCAGCUCACCCAAGGCUGCGACUGCCGGGUGGAUCCUCAUCGAUGCCACCCCUUUGGGCCUUGGCUUGCAGGCGCAGGCGCAAUUUCCAGUGCCCAAGGAGGUGCGGCCCUUUUCCGAGGCAGUGGUGCUCGAAUGGAGCAAAUUCCCUGCAAGGCACGUGGAAUAUCAGGUGGAGUGGGCCGACGAGUCUGAGAAGGAUCAAAUCAACGUGGCCGUCCAAAGAGAAACCAUGACGAUGGUGCGUGUCCACGAGCUGCCUUCCGACUCCCAGUUGACCUUCCGUUUAACUGCCAAGGUUUACACCGGUCCACCGGAUCAAGGGGGUGAAGUCUUUGCUGAAGCAGCUGGACCCUGGGAAGAGGCAGAAACGGGAGCUACAAUCGAGAAGUUAGAGGAAGGCAACCUUUGCGUUGACCCUUUGGCAAAUCUUCGUGGCCGCUGUAUGGAUUGCUCCUGCCAUGGCUUCGUCCUUGCUGAGUAUGGGGAGCGCCCCCGCACUGGCGACACUCUGGAGGAGGUCUCCUGCCGCCGUUGCAGCUGCUCAUGUGUGAGACAUUUUAUUAUAGGAGAGUACCACUACCGCAAUCCAGCAUCAGCAAACAUCAAGCGACCACCAGUCGAGGCACCAAAAGCACUUCCGCCGCCCAAAGAGGAGGUGCGGCCAAGCACAUGGCGUGUUGAGGAUGGGGAAGGAAACAUUCAGUUUGUUCUCGACAAGGUUGGUGAGGCCCAGACUUUGUACGAAACUUUGGGUGUGAGUGGGGAUGCUGAUCGGGCCGUUAUCCGCUCUGCCUAUCGGCAAGUAUCCUUGAGCAUCCAUCCGGACAAGGUUGGGCACUUUGAUGAUUUUGACCUUCAGAAGCAGGCUGAGAAUGCCUUCAAGGUCGUUUCCUCUGCCUAUGAGAUUUUGAAUGAUGAUAAGCGCCGUGCCGAGUACGAUCGCAAGCUGCGAUUAACCGGUGCCACGUUCACAAGCCGCUCUGGUGGGCGCUUUAACCUCACAAAUAUCGCAUUCCUCAAGAAGUUCCUUAGCAAGGAGAAGGGUGGAUUUGGAUGGGACCUCUCUGCCAAGCCUCCUGGAGACUGGGAGGAACAAGCACCUGGAGUUUAUGUUCGCGGCAGUGGCAAGCCCAAGGAGUCUGAAGAACCAACUCAAGCAAGCUAA